AUGUAGUACAAAAUACAUAAACACGCGACUCACCGCGACCCCGCGCCCCGCGCCCGUUUAGUCUUUUCUAUGGGAGCGCGGUGGCACGUGAUUGGUCAAUUUUUUUAUAGUUGACUACAUCGUAUUGAAAUGAAUCUUAUAGUUGAGUUUGGAGGCCAUAUACGAAAAGUACACAAUUAUACUUUGGUAUAUUAAAUCUUAAUUCAACCAUUACAGUCGACAAGUAGAAAAAUAUAAUUAUGACACGUUACAUAAAGCCAUCCUGCAGAUAACGUCCACUAUAAAGGUCACACGUCGUGUCGCGGCAAAUUAGUUAAGAAUCACAGACAUAAUGGAGUUCCUACUACUCGUGUGUGUGUUUGGUUUGGCUGUCGCAGCGCCAGCUGACGGUCCAAAUGCAGCCUACGACACGAUAGUCAUCGGCAUGGGCUCGGCGGGCACCACAGCGGCCACCGAGCUGGCCCAAUCUGGUCGCAAGGUUCUAGCGCUUGAAGCCCAAGAUCGUAUCGGAGGCAGGGUCCACACCUUGCCGUUUGGGGACGGGCUGGUGGAGCUGGGAGCUGAAUGGAUCCACGGCAACGUCAGCAGCCGCACCUACGCGCUGGCUACCAAGCACAACAUCGACACCAAACUCCAGCCCCUGAUGUUGGACCCUUACCGCUCGGACGGCACUAAACCUGACGUCGCAAUGGUGAGGGAGCUGGUGGAUUUGGACUUUACAGAAGAGCAACCUAAUCCGCCAGAAGCUGUAGGCACAUUUGUCACUAAGAAAUUCAUGGAAUACAUCACCAAGAACAAACCAGACCUGCUCAAGGACCAGGACUUCAUCACCGAGUUCCUGGAGUUCUCGAACCUGCUAACAAACAACCUGGAGUCUUCGAACGACUGGAAUGACGUCAUUACCGGGGGCUCGUACGAGCAUCUGGGCGGCCCGCAGGCUAUCAGCUGGCAUAGGCAUGGAUACAAGGCUUUCUUUGACAUUAUGCUGAACAAAUACAACAACGGUCCCGGCCUCCCCAACCUGGACAUAAAGCUGAACACUGAAGUAACUCGCGUCGUCACGCCGCAGCACCCCAACGAAACUGUCACUGUGGAGUGCAAAGAUGGGAGCUCCUACACCGCUAAACACGCCAUAGUGACUGUGUCACUUGGAGUGCUCAAGGCCAAACAUACCACGCUCUUCUCGCUGCCCUUGCCUCUAGAAAAACAGACGGCCAUAGAGAAAGUCAGCAUGGGCGUCGUCGGGAAGGUGAUCCUGUCGUUUGAGAAGGCCUGGUGGCCCAAAGAUGUUACUCUGUUUGCCUUCAUCUGGAAAGGAGACGACAAGAAAAAUGUCCCCGCCGAAGACUACUGGACGACUAGAAUACUUGGGGCCCAUCCUCCUAUGGGAUCCAGCAACACGCUCACUCUGUGGACCAGCGGCGAGGUGGCUAAGCAGGUGGAGAAGUUGCCGGAAGAAAUAGUGAAGAGCAAGUGCGUGGCGCUGCUGCAGAGGUUCAUGGGUGACGCGCUGAAGAUCACCGUGCCCGUGCCCACCGGUUUCCUCAGGUCGACAUGGUACUUGAACCCGUACACGCGAGGCAGUUACUCGUACGACAACCUGGAGGCUCCACGAUACCCGCUGGCGCGGAAAUGGCUGAGUUACCCGCUCCUGGACUCGGCGGGCGAGCCGCGCGUGCUGUUCGCAGGCGAAGCCACGAACGAGCGGCACUUCAGCACCGUGCACGGAGCCAGCGAGACGGGCCGACGCGAGGCCGAAAGACUUUUGCUGAUGAUUCGUGGCGACGGAAAUUUUAACGUCAAAGAUUUUAAACUUUAAUGUGAAACCCACCGAAUAAGAAAUACAUUAGUUUUUAUACGAAA